UCAUCACCACCAUCAUCAUCAUGCACCGUCAUCACCAUCUCUAUCACUCAGUUCUCAGCAAAAAUAAGCAUGAUUCCCAAUAAACCAUGCCGGCAUAUAUACAGUCACUCAAAGAAGUACGAAUUUUUCAUUAACCAUUUCAACUCAUCCAACUCUUAUUUCAGAUUUGAAACGUGUAAUGGGUGAGAGUCGCGACGAUGAGGAGCUUCUGUGGGCGUGGCAGGGUUGGCGGAACGAGACAGGGGCUCCAAAUCGGGAUGACUUCGAACGGUUCGUAGAACUCAGCAACACUGUGGCGGAACAGAGCGGUUUUGACGAUCACGGGGACUUAUUGCGGAGAGAGUACAACAUGCCCCAUAUGGAAAACACCAUGUCGGACCUACUGACCGAUCUUCAGCCUCUGUAUAACAACCUCCAUGCAUUCAUCAGGAGGAGGUUGUAUGAUAUACAUGGACCCGAGGUCAUUGAUCUAGAUGGACCGAUUCCUUCACAUCUUCUUGGUGGUAUGUGGUCCCACUCGUGGUCGAAUCUAUUCGAUGUCGCCAAACCUUACGAUGUCGACGAUGAUGACCCCACUCAAUUCCUUCAAGAACAGAACUAUGACGUUCGAAGACUUUACGAGACCGCGGAGGAUUUCUACACUUCGAUGGGGUUUGAAGAGCUUCCCGAGUCCUUCUGGGAGAACUCUGUCUUCGGCAAACCCCAAGACGGUCGCAAUGUCUCCUGUGAGCCAACAUCGUGGGACUUCCACAAUCAAACAGAUUUCAGGGUUUCUACAUGCUCAUCGGAAGUGACCAUUGACGAACUGUCAAGGGCACAUAAUAUUCUUGGCCACACCCAAUACCAAAACUCCUACAGCCACCAUCCAAUCGCCUUCCGGGAACCAGCCAGUCCCGCGCUGUUCGAAGCCCUGGCUGAUCUGACGUCAUCUGAAGUCUUUAGCCCCGCCUACCUAAGGCAGCUUGGGCUCCCAUUGGACGAGCAGAAUGACGAGAAGAUACAACUUAAUGGUUUGAUGAGGACUGCGUUGGACUCCCUUGCGCUCUUGCCUUACGCCAGUGCAGUAGAUCAGUGGCGAUGGGGCGUGUUUAAUGGAUCCAUUCAACCUGAACAAUAUAAUUCAAAGUGGUGGAAACUCAGAUCGAGUUAUGAAGGUAUUGUGCCGCCAUUGGAGAGGACCGAAGCUGACUUCGACCCAGGCGCGGAGCUCAAUAUCAUCUCAGACAACUCUUAUGCAAAGCAUUUUCUUGGGCAGAUUAUGAAGUUCCAAUUCAUAAAAUCACUUUGUCAAGCGGCUGGGCAUACGGGACCGAUCCAAGAUUGUAACCUGUAUGGAAACAGAGUGGCAGGACAACUCAUUACCACCGCAAUGCAACUUGGGAAAACACGUUCAUGGACCGAGAUCUUCUACAUCUUGACGCAACAAUACGAUUUGGAUACGUCACCUUUCUUGGAAUAUUUCCAGCCGCUCAAUGAGUUUCUGGAGAGAGAAAAUCGAAGGAAUGGGGAUUCUACUGGCUGGGCACUGUCAGCAAGGAGAAGGCCCGACCAAACGCCUGGACGAACGGAGCCUAGUAAACCCAGUGACCGUAUGUAAUGAUGAGAUAAGCUAUGAUGAAUUUGAUCAUCAUGAUAGAAUAUAAACACAAGCGCAAAAACAUUCAUUGAUAAUCUUUGAAAAGACCUUGUGUUGUAAUACGGG